CCUAUAUAAAGAGAAGGGCAUGGAACAGGUCUUAUCAUCUCCUUCAUUAACCAAAAAACAAUUAUAGCAUUUUCUUCUUUCCUCUACAACAAUGGCUGGAGUUGCUUUUGGUUCUUUUGGUGAUUCCUUCAGCUUGGCUUCUCUAAAAGCGUACCUUGCUGAGUUCAUCUCCACUUUGCUCUUUGUUUUUGCUGGUGUUGGCUCUGCCAUUGCCUACGCGAAACUGACGUCCGACGCUGCUCUUGAUACGCCGGGACUAGUGGCCAUCGCGGUUUGCCAUGGUUUUGCUCUCUUCGUGGCGGUUGCAAUCGGAGCCAAUAUCUCCGGUGGCCAUGUGAACCCAGCCGUCACUUUUGGUCUAGCCGUCGGUGGUCAAAUCACAGUCAUCACCGGAGUUUUCUACUGGAUCGCUCAGCUUCUCGGCUCCACUGCCGCUUGCUUCCUUCUCAAAUUCGUCACCGGCGGUUUGGCGGUUCCAAUCCACAGCGUUGGAGCUGGACUAGGAGCAUUAGAAGGAGUAGUGAUGGAGAUCAUCAUCACCUUCGCUUUGGUCUACACCGUCUACGCCACCGCUGCUGAUCCCAAGAAGGGUUCUCUCGGAACUAUCGCUCCUCUCGCUAUUGGCCUCAUCGUUGGUGCUAACAUCCUCGCCGCCGGUCCAUUCUCUGGUGGAUCCAUGAACCCAGCACGUUCCUUUGGACCAGCUGUUGCUGCUGGAGACUUCUCUGGUCACUGGGUUUAUUGGGUGGGACCACUCAUCGGUGGUGGACUUGCCGGGCUUAUCUACGGAAAUGUCUUCAUGAGCUCUUCCGAACAUGUUCCUCUUGAUUCUGCUGAUUUCUAAGCAAACAAGUGAUGAUUUCUUGAUUCAUGUUUCUGUGUUUGAUUCCUUUGUCUCGAUCUUUCUUGUUUUGUUUGGACUUUGUAAUAUUUAUCCAAUUUGUAUGAAUAUCUUUCAUUUAGUGGAUGGCUGUUUUGGUAUUA